ACACACACUCUCUCUCUCUCCCCGCUACAGCUCUGCCUUGUUUGGAUUUUCAUCGUCAAACGGUUUCUCAUCGUCAACGACGGCGGCGACUACAAAAUUGAACGCGACGGUGGUGGAAACGAACAACUCGACGGCGGCGGCAGCAAAAUCGUUUAGGUUUUUCGAUUUGGUGUCGGCGUCAUGUUUUGGGUGUUCCGAUCUCAGAACAGUACAGCUCUAACUGUUUGGGUUUCCGAUUGAGUUUUCUGAUUGUCGUUUGGGGUGGUUUGGCUUGAUUUUCGAUUGGGUUUUGUUGGGUGGGUUCCGAUUUGGUUUUUAUUGAGUCUCCUGCAGAUGCUUUUACGAGGGGUGCGCCCCAAAAACCUAUAACGCCCCUUUUCCCCUCUUCCUUCCCUCUGCGAAAUUGAGAGACAGAAGAACGCUAUUUCAAAACCCUAAGCGAGAGGUGCAAGAUCAGUUAUGAAAUUGUCGAUUUGGUUUCGGUAAAGAGAAGCAGAGAGUGUGCUGCUUCCCCUUUUCGAACCGUUGCAUAGAGCUUGUCGCUGUCAAAUCUCAUCCACGGCGGAGUCGGUGCGGUGCAGCUCAGCUAGUCUCCCCGCCCGCCGGGAUCUGAGCCACCGUCAACCGAAGUUGUGGAGGCGACCCAUUCUAUCUAAGGUGAUGUAUGCGAAGAAGGCGUGCGAGUUAGUGAAAGAAUUUUCGAGCAGCGAAUCUGGGCAGCUUUUAGCUUUCAAUAGUGAUGUGUUUGCUCAAGUAAUUGAAGAAUGCAAUACUCAUUUCAGUCAGCUCCAAUCCUUGCUGAGCAAAAUGCAAGAAGAAGGGUUGGACAACCAAACAGCUAGAAAUGCGGACCACUUUGGAGCACUCAUCCAUCACCUUUCUUUAGUCCGUAACAAGCGCUGCCUUAUGGCUUAUGUAUAUAACCGAGCAGAAGUCAUUCGAAGUUUGGGCUGGAUGAAAGAGGCUCCACUUCCUGAAGAAAUACAAGAGAAGCUCAGCAGUUCGGAGAAAGAUUAUUCACAGAAUCAUUCCGCAACUAUUAGAUCCUAUCAGUUAGAAAUGGAUAUUGAUUUGGCUGUGGAUAUGGUGCCUCCUAAAGAUCCAUACAUUAAGGUUCGUGUCCUCGAGGACAUUGGCAGUGUGGCACUCAGUGAUCAGAUAGCCAACCUUGCUCGCCAUGCAAUUCUCUUUCUUAGACGAACUGAUGCUGAGACCUACAUCUCACAGGGCCUGAUGGAAGAGCUUACAGAUUGAGCCAUCCAUUUGUUUCUCAUACAGCAUACAACAGCGUUUUCCGAAGUAUCCAGAACCAAUCAAGGUCAACCAUGGGUUGGCCGAUGUAAUUGAUGUUGAAAGGUGCAAAGUAGCAAAAUCUGUGGAAAAACAAGCUGGAGUGCUGUGGACCGAUGGUGACCUCCCCUAACUGCUCACCAAAUUUGUAAAAUUUUAUCAUAUGCACUUUCAUUCAGGUGUUAACGAGAAGUUUACGUUUGAUGGUGUGAUCUUCAAAUCUAAUGUAUGAUUUGCUGCCCUUUCGUUAUGUAGUUAUUUAGUUCUUAUAAUGACUAUGGUAAAUCGUCGGAAGGUUGCUGACUGCAGUACCCAGUGCCUUCUGAUGGACGUCGAAUAAAGUGGUUAAUGCUUGAAUAUAUUCCUCGCUUAACGCGUAUUCACUAA